GAAGGUCCGACACAUCCCAAGUGGAACAACAAACACCAUCAGCCCCAUCUGAGGUUGGAUCCAAGGGGAGGCUCAAGGAGGUCUUGAAGGGUUGAUGGGACAGGCCCUUCCCCACGAGCAGUGGGUCCUCCCUCCACACGAGGAAGGGGCGAGACUGAGUUGAUGUGUCUUUGCUCCUUUUGGAACCAAAAAGGAAGAACCAAAUCCCAGAUCCCUCGCAACGUUUGCCAGAUGAUGAACAGGAGAAGAAUUACCCACUAACAUCUGGAGGAACCCAGGCCAGAAUUCAUAAUCAAGCAAGAAAACAGAGAACAGAAAAUAGGAAUGGCCAUACAUGGCCUUCCCAUGAAAGGACCGACGCAGGGGAGAAACCACGUAAAUGCAUUUCACCUCAAUAGACAUCAAAGAACACAUGCAGGGGAGAAAAUGUAUCCAUGUAUGGAAUGUGGAAAGAGCUUUAGUCAGAGGGCUAUCCUGAGGAAACAUGAAAGGAUUCACACUGGGGAGAAACCACAUGAAUGCAUAGAAUGUGGAAAGAGCUUUAGUCAGAGUUGUGACCUUAGGAAACAUGAAAGAACUCACACUGGGGAGAAACCGUACAAAUGCAUGGAAUGUGGAAAGAGCUUUAGUCAGAGGGCUAUCCUGAGGAAACAUGAAAGGAUUCACACUGGGGAGAAACCACAUGAAUGCAUAGAAUGUGGAAAGAGCUUUAGUCAGAGUUGUGACCUUAGGAAACAUGAAAGAACUCACACUGGGGAGAAACCGUACAAAUGCAUGGAAUGUGGAAAGAGCUUUAGUCAGAGGGCUAUCCUGAGGAAACAUGAAAGGAUUCACACUGGGGAGAAACCACAUGAAUGCAUAGAAUGUGGAAAGAGCUUUAGUCAGAGUUGUGACCUUAGGAAACAUGAAAGAACUCACACUGGGGAGAAACCGUACAAAUGCAUGGAAUGUGGAAAGAGCUUUAGUCAGAGGGCUAUCCUGAGGAAACAUGAAAGGAUUCACACUGGGGAGAAACCACAUGAAUGCAUAGAAUGUGGAAAGAGCUUUAGUCAGAGUUGUGACCUUAGGAAACAUGAAAGAACUCACACUGGGGAGAAACCGUACAAAUGCAUGGAAUGUGGAAAGAGCUUUAGUCAGAGGGCUAUCCUGAGGAAACAUGAAAGGAUUCACACUGGGGAGAAACCACAUGAAUGCAUAGAAUGUGGAAAGAGCUUUAGUCAGAGUUGUGACCUUAGGAAACAUGAAAGAACUCACACUGGGGAGAAACCGUACAAAUGCAUGGAAUGUGGAAAGAGCUUUAGUCAGAGGGCUAUCCUGAGGAAACAUGAAAGGAUUCACACUGGGGAGAAACCACAUGAAUGCAUAGAAUGUGGAAAGAGCUUUAGUCAGAGUUGUGACCUUAGGAAACAUGAAAGAACUCACACUGGGGAGAAACCGUACAAAUGCAUGGAAUGUGGAAAGAGCUUUAGUCAGAGUGCUAUCCUGAGGAAACAUGAAAUGACUCACACGGGGGAGAAGCCACAUAAAUGUGUAGAAUGUGGAAAGAGCUUUAGUCGCAGUGAUGCCCUUAGGUUACAUCAAAGGACUCAUACUGGGGAGAAACCACAUAAAUGCAUAGAAUGUGGAAAGAGCUUUAGUCAGAAUUGUGACCUUAGGAAACAUGAAAGGACUCACACUGGGGAGAAACCACAUAAAUGCAUAGAAUGUGGAAAGAGCUUUAGUCAGAAUUGUGACCUUAGGAAACAUGAAAGGACUCACACUGGGGAGAAACCACAUAAAUGCAUAGAAUGUGGAAAGAGCUUUAGUCAGAAUUGUGACCUUAGGAAACAUGAAAGGACUCACACUGGGGAGAAACCACAUAAAUGCAUAGAAUGUGGAAAGAGCUUUAGUCAGAAUUGUGACCUUAGGAAACAUGAAAGGACUCACACUGGAGAGAAGCCACAU